AAAAGACGCCAUUAUUACUUUUGCUCUCUUUUGAAAACAGCGCAGUCGUGCGUCGCGUUUGCCGCUCGGCGUCCAUGAUAUGUGACGCUUCUGCAGAGGAUUCCGGAGCUCGGAGCGGCAGCGGGAGAGAAGUAAAUGCUCCCCCUUCUACACUUCAAGUAACGGCAGGUUGUGCCGGUGAAGUAAGCCGUAGCCCAGCAUGAGCCCCUCUGACUGAGACGCAAGCACGUCUAGUGUUUUGCCGAACAGCUGAUAGCUUUCGUCAGUUAAAGCCAUGCCUGACGAGUGAAGUUACCUAUUUGCCCACAGAAAAAAACAACAGCACCCAACAUGUCUCUCCAUGUAGCUUCCUCCCUGUGCAUCCUGCUGGAGUAACCCCCCCCCCCUCCACUGUCCUGUCCCCUCUCCACACCACCGCCCCUCCAUAUCCGCCAGUCACAAUGCCGCUCCACCUCAGAAUGGCCAACACCUAAAGAUUCCCAUGCGUCCAGUGAGCGACGAGUCGGACGGUCCUGCUCCUCUUGAAAGCUUCUCGUGCCCCCUAACCCCAGUGGGCCCCCUGCCUGCCGCAGAGAUGUCCCUGCUUCAUUCGCUGGGCCCAGUGCAGAGCUGGCUGGGCCAGGAGCUGGAGAAGUGCGGGAUCGAUGCCAUGAUCUACACCCGCUACGUCCUCAGCCUGCUCCUGCACGAUAAUUACGACUACGACCUGCAGGAUCAGGAGAACGACAUCUUGUUGGGCUGGGAGAAGGGAACUGGGAAGAAAUGGACCAAGUGUAAGAAGAAAGGAGGGACGGAUCUGAGUCUGGAAGAGAUAAAGAAACAAGCCGCCGUGCAAUGCCUGCGUUCAGCAUCUGAUGAAAACUCUGGAAUUGAGAGCCUGGUUGAGGAGCUUUGCUCCAAACUCAAGGACAUCCAGAACAAACAGAAAGAAGAUAAAGAGCUCAAGAAAUCUGAUGGGUCUCAGUCUCCUGAAGGAGUUGAGUCCCCUUCCUCAAAGGACCAGGUUGAAAUGUAUUAUGAAGCCUUUCCUCCUUUGUCAGAGAAAUCUGUUUGUCUCCAAGAGAUCAUGACGGUGUGGAACAAGGCUAGAGCCAUUGCUUACUCCGGUUCCUCGUCUUCCGCGGCCCCGCAGACCAGCACCGACACCUCCUCCCCGAAAGAUUGCAACAGUGACGGUGAAGCUGCUAAGGGGAGAACCCCUGAGGCAUGCAGCACUAACCCAACCAGCCAGAGAACCCAGCAGAGACGCAGCAAGAAGGAGAAAGAGAAACGAUUCCAUGGGGGUGCAACAGCAGAGGACCGAGCCACCGUCCAUGGCAAGAAGCAGGUGAGGCACAGGUCAGAGGGCAAGUAUCGCCCUCGUUCCUGGUCCUCUGGUUCUAGUGAGGCUGGCUCGAGCUCCAGCGGGAACCAGGGCGACUCCAAGACUUCCAGCAGCAAGGCGGGCAGGAUCAGGCACAGGUCCAAGGAGGUGUUCAGCAGGAGUAAGAGGGGGUGCCACAGUGGACAAGUGAAGCUGGCUCUGAAGGCCGUCGACAAAGAGGAGCGGCGGAAUGCUGGAGGCAGCAGCAGCAGCACCACUGGAGGCCCUGUGAGGCAAACGCAGCUCUACAAAAAGGGGAGAAGACAGCUGAAGGAACUUGGAAAAGAUCCAGGCUGGUGGGAAGAAAAGGAGUCUGGAGCUGAGGCCAGCAACAAAAAGGAGUACAUGGAGGAGCCCCUGUGGUACACGGAGCCCAUCACGGAGUAUUUAGUACCUUUCAGUAGCAGAAGGAGCAAACUGGAAACAAAGUACCGGAGCAAGGUGGACUCUCCAGACGACUCGACUACGUCCACCGACUUCAGAAGGCUGUCUGAGAGAAUGCAAGGCAUCUGCGUUGCCAACACAAGCUUCCAGAGGGCGUAUCUGUCAGCGGGCACCUUUGUCGACGGGCACUUUGUUGAGGUGCCGGGUGACGCAGAUGAGGAUGCUACCGAACUCAACGGGACCUCAAGCUGCCCUCCGCCUGAGGAUAGUAGAGGGUUAGAUGAUGAGUAUCUGUCCGAUUUCACCCACUUCUAUGAAGUCGAUAUUUAUCAAUCCAUAUUGGAUCCUAGUGCCUCAGACUUGGUACAAGAGAGUCGAAUCUUGAACAUGAUUCGACAGAAGAGUGAAGAGCAAAGAGACUUUGAGGCAGAAUGUUGUUUAGUGUUAGAUGGCCUUGAGCUGCAAGGGGAAAGUGCAAUAAGGAUGGGCUGUCUGGAUGCUUUGGGAGAUGAUGGGUUCUUCAUGCAGGAUUUGGAAAACAUGGCUCGGUUCUGGGCAUGUUAUUCAUCCUCUAGCUCUGAAGAUAUAGAUGGAGAAAGCUUUGCAGGGGACUCUCCCGUUCAGCUCUCCCCCGCUUUGGACGGCGUUCCAUUCGCCAUCGGCGCGCUACCUGGAAACCUGGAGGAACCUCAUCUCCCAGAAACCACCAGUGAAGCUCCUGGUCUGAACUCCUCCUGUUUGUCUCUUUUUGAGUUGCAGUACGAUAGCCCAACUCUUCCCUUUCUCACCGUUGGUCACGAAAACAACACAGAUUCAAGUAGCUGUCGAGAUCCACAUUGUAACAAGCAGUCUCGUUUGUUAAUAUGGACCAAAAAUAGUGCCUUUGAUGAAACUGAACACUGUUCGAACCUUUCAACGCGAACCUGCAGUCCGUGGUCUCAUUCGGAAGAGAUGCGUUCAGACAAUGAGCACAUAAACGUUCAAACAGAGGAGUCCGCUCUAAUUGGCAAUGAAGAGAUUAAUUGUAUAAUCCCUCCCAUCUCUGGUACAUACCUAGAGGAAGAAAUCCUGGACUUUUUACAAGAGAACAAUGGUCACCAGUGCGAGGAAGCCAAUGUAGGCCCUGUGUCCAAUCCGACCAUUGCAAAGAAAUCUAAAUUGGAGUCCAUUUGUGGAAUUGCGUUAGAACGGGACGAGAGCAAGCAGUACGACGCUGGCAUGUUUUCAGAUGACUCCAACCAACCGAGUGACAACCACGGCUCAGGGAUAAUAAAGGACAUUUGGACGGCUGUCGGAGAUGGGGAUCUCCUUUCACUAGGAGAAGAGAAUCCAGGCGAGAGCUUGUUUUCCCAGGAGUCGAGCAGCUACCGCUGCGGCUGUCUGGACUUGCAGACAAAGGAAGAUGAUCCCGUCCAAGGGCCUCCGAAGAAGGCAGUGCAGCGCUCCGAGUACCACCUGUGGGAAGAAGGCAAGAACGAAGAGCAGGCCCUCCUGGAUAAAAAACGGCUCUCGAAGAUGAAUGCUUCAGGGGAUUACACGACGCCGUCCAAUCCAUGGGACGUGAACCCCGAGAAGGACAACACGUCGUUCAUCCUGGGAGGAGUGUAUGGAGAGCUGAAGAUGUUCAGCAGUGACCAGGACUGGGCCGUGGUGCCACCAGGCGACGCGAAAGGCAGCCUUCUACAGUGUGCCACUGCUGCUGCCUCGUCCUCUGGCUCAGACGUGGUAACCAUUGCUGGUACAGACCGUGUGUUCAUGAACACAGGCAGCUGCUUUGCCUCCAGCCACAAGCCCCUCUGGAGGCCCCUGGUCUCCUUCGGGCAGAGUGACCAGGCUACUAAAGGAGGUGAGGAUGGAUCGAAUAAGGGAUUUUCUUUUAUCUUCCAUGAAGAUUUACUCGGAUCCUGUGCAGGCUUCCGUGGUGAGGAGCCGGGGAUCGACUACCCGUUUGCGUCCUUUGAUCUGAACAGUCCGUUCUCUCAAGUCCUCCAGGUCGAGUGCUCCUUUAAUCCUGAGGACAUGGCUUCGUUCAGCCCGGGGUUCAAGCCCAAAUCUAUAUUGUGCUCGGACUUGGAGAAUGAAGCUUUCCACCCACGGCUAUACGGCAUCAACCGGACCACCCAGUACAGGGCCAUCCGCAUCUCCCCCAGGACUCACUUCCGACCAAUAUCAGCCUCGGAGCUGUCGCCCGGCGGAGGGAGUGAGUCGGAGGUUGAGUCCGAGAAAGAAGAGACGAGUGUUCCCGUCUUGGCCCCUCCGGAUGUCUCCGACGACCCUCAGGCCGACCUCAAACCACUUGAGGAGGAUGCAGAAAACGAGGGCCCGUGCUACGGGAAGUCAGAACUGCAAUCUGGGAAAUUCCUGCCCAGAUUGAAGAAGUCGGGCAUGGAGAAGAGUGCCCAGACCUCACUGGAUUCUCAGGAGGGCUCUAGCACCCUCCUGCCAAUCGCUGAGCAGGAGACUUGCUUGGACUGCGAAACAGCGAGCGGACAGAUGGAUGUCCCAGUCGACAAGAUUCAGGAGGAAGAAUCUUGCAGAGAAAAGGAAGCCUGUAAAUGUGCUGCAGCUGGUCAGAGUCCCACAUAUGGGAAAACCUAUGACUUCGUUGAAGAUUUGCAUGAGUUCCCUCUAUUAAAUAUUAGUGGACAGGGACUAACUGGCGUCCAGCAAGAUGAGUGCUGGUGGCAGAACACAAUCUGUUCCCCACUUUUCCCUGGACCUCAUUGUACAGGGAGCAGCAACAUCUGAGCAGUCCAGCUCUGUGGCGAGGAAGCCCAUCGUCAGGAAGAUUUGGCCUCUUCUCCUUUGACUGCACCUCUACUUGCAAAGAUAUAGGGAGGGGGGCUCGCGACUUAGAAACAAUAGGCUUCCGGACAGAGGAACCCCUCUACAUCCCACCCUUAACCCUGCUGAUUUUAAUUUUUACUAGAGUCUUGUGUAAUCAUCAACAACAACAACAACAAAAAAGGUCGCAAGUAGGAAACACUCGAAUAUGUUCUACAUGUCUUCAUGUGAUGCCAUAUCUGAAGACGUAUGCAUUUUAGAUUUGGGUUUUAGUUGAUUCUUCCAGACACAAUUCCGUCUUAAUUAGAGUCAGUGAGAUAUUAGGGACAGUCUUGUUUUUUCCCUCCAUUGGUUUUCCCCAAUACUUUUUUUUAAUUUUAUUUUUUUUAGCUUUUGACCUAGGAUACUGGUAGUUAUGGUUGAGCAUGUUCCUGUCCUAAUAGUCUCACUCCUUAUUUACUAGUGUAACUGCUGCAGUUUCCUUCAUCUGACUGGGAUGCCUCUCUUCAUAACGUAUGAAAGCACUGCGUUUGUCUCUUGUUUCUCUUCAUCCCUUUUUUGAUUUGAGUUGCGUGUGUGUGUUUGCCUUUUCUGACUGAAGGAAAGAAUGUGUGCAUCUUACCUCUCAAAUCUGUAUCAAAGACACCCCCCCCCCCCCACACACACACACACACACACACAGAAGUGUGCAAAGUUGCUCUAAAUGAGUAUGAUUUUGGGUGAUUGUCUGAUUUUCAGAACCUUAGUAGUAGACACAGUAGAAAUGGUUUGUAAGGUAAAAAAAAAAGUAAAAUUGACCCCCCCCCCCCCCCCCAAAAAAAAAAAUAUAUGUUAAAAGUACAAAACUGCUGUUCAAUGCAAAAAGCAAAAAAAAAAAAAAAAAAACGAUUCAGCUCAAUUUGGGGUGUAAUGGCCCUUUACAAAAAUAUUUAAUUGCAGCCAUUUCUACAGAGGCACCGAUUUGCAACAAUUGAAAGUUUUUUUUUUUUUGUGAACUCCAUAGUCCAAACAAUUGGCGCUAUGAAUAUGUUGACAGUUCUGUAGCAGUUUCGAUAUUGUGGCUGUGUAAUGUAGAUCCUGUAGUUUGUUUGUCGUUGCAGAGUGGAGAAAUCGGUGGAUCUUUUGGAGAAAAUAAUUGUGAUUUGAUGGUCCUUGCUUUGACUUGGUUUUCAUAUUUAAAGAAGAGUUAAGUUUUUAAGAACUUUUAACUAGUAAGUUAACUGGCCUGUAAUAACAAUGGGAAUAAAUAGUAAUUUGAUUUAAAUCUUAUCAGAUUGAGUCUAUUACAGAUAAUAGUGUCAGUGUGUUCAUCCUAUUGUAAGGUCUACAGUAGAAGCAGGAUUUUAAAGGCAAUGUAUUUCUAUCCAGACACUACUUAACUUAAAAGAGCGUAAUAUUAAACAUUCAAUGAAAAGGUGAUCAACCCAAAAUAACAAUUCAAUGCAUAAACUAAGUUUAAUCAGAGGCCCGACGACGUUUGAGUGAUUGUUUCUGUCGCCUGUGCAUUGACUAUUAAAUCCUGAGUUAACGCGCACCUUUUAGACGAAAUGCAUUUUGUUUUCCAUGUGCGUUGUUUAUCUUUAUCACUGCAGUGGUUUAUUUCUGGUUUUUGGUUCCUUCCACUUAAAAAUAUUUUGUUUUCGUCCUCAGAAAACCGAGGAAUUGAAGCACAGUUACCAUCCCUCCAUGUUCUCUUGUGACGCAUCUGUUAUGCAGUCCAAAAUAUGUCCGCCAACAAUGUGUGCACACUGGUUCUAAUGCACUGUCACAGGGCACAGGCUCUCCAUUGUGAGCACAGUCAUUGAUCCUAAGUUUCUAUUUUAUUGUUAUUAUUCAUCGACCCCCUUAAUGGACAGCCGUAUCUUGAGUUGGUUUGGAAAAUGGCAAAGUCGAUAACAAUCCCUUUCAAUAUGCCAGGGCCUCAGUCUGCCCCAUAAUUGUGGUGUUUUGUUCUUCACUUGUGUUAAACCGAUUGAAACUUGAAUGAAAGACUGCUCUGAAAAAUGGCAAGCUACUUUCAAUUGUAAUUUAUUUAGACAGUUGUCAGUCACUCAGGAAUACGUAAAUACUAAAUGUUUUUGUCAAAGGAGGUGGAAAACACUUAAUUCUGUGGCAGUGCAUCAGUACAUUCAUUCAAGCAUUAAUUUAUUACUGAAACUUUAUUUGAGGAAAAAAUAAACAGGCUUUUAUUAAUCCCAAGCUUCCUACAGUUAAUUGUACAGCACCAUAGUUUUAGAGCUAAGCCCGACCGAGCCGUUUUGAGAUUGCCUAAGCAAUGUGAUGGGGACCUUUCAUGGUCCUCGGUCAUAUGCAAUCUUGGCGCAUGCAAACUUUUAAACAUUCAAGUGUACGUGGAGGAAAGUCACUCCGUUUUAUUUUGCAUGACUUAUUUUUCAGUACAGGAGAGCUGAGACAAAGAUUGAACUGUUAUGGAGUGUCUUUACAAAUAAGAGCAGCAUGUCAACACCACACUCCGUCGAAGUUAAAUUAAACCGGUUUUGUAUAUGACAAUAAGUACAGGCCAGGAUAAAGCAGUGACUUAUUUUUUAUUUUAUUUUUACUUUGUGUGUAGAUGUGUGCGAGACCGAGUCACAGCACCUACAUGGGAGUUUGAAGGAAAUGCAUUCAUUUGUUUUUCUGUUUAUAUAUUGAGGGGAAGUUUUGAGAAUGCAUCGAGAGCGAACAUGCAUUUUGAAACUACAUUGACGAAGUUUAACAUUGAGUUUUGCUUGGUCUGAAGGACAUAGCAUAUCCGCCACUGAGAACCAGAGUUUUCCUAGUCUCUUCAUUCCUACUAGAUGACACCCUCCCAUCCCUUUGUCCCUCAUCCUCAACUCCCAUCUGUCUCAAGUGGUUGUAUUGUUCUAAUUUCAUGUACACCCUGAGUAAAUUAUUUUGUUUCAUUGUGGAGUUUCUUAACAUCUAAUAAAGGAAUAAACCAAAUCAC